AGCUGGACUGGCCAUUAUGGAGGAGGACCUGCAGCAUUCACACUGUGUGAAUUGUGUCAGCAGACGGUGUAUGACCAGACCAGAGCCUGGCAUUUCCUGUGACUUGAUUGGUUGUCCAUUAGUUUGUGGAGCAGUUUUCCAUUCUUGUAAAGCUGAAGAGCAUCGGCUUUUAUGUCCAUUUGAACGUGUGCCUUGCUUAAAUAGUGACUUUGGAUGUCCAUUUACCAUGGCUCGAAAUAAAGUUGCUGAACAUCUGCAAAUGUGUCCUGCAAGUGUGGUGUGCUGUACUAUGGAAUGGAACCGAUGGCCAGUGAGUUAUGCAGACCGGAAAUCAUAUGAAAAUUUAAGCAGAGAUGUUGAUGAAGUGGCACAAUUAGAUAUGGCCUUGGCCCUUCAAGACCAGAGGAUGCUCUUAGAAUCUCUCAAAGUAGCCACUAUGAUGUCAAAAGCAACGGAUAAAGUAUCCGAACCUAGAGAACAAAUACCAGUUAAAUCAAGUGUCCCAGAAAUACCACAUACGAAUGGUUUGGUGUCUGUUGAUGAAGAAUCUUAUGGUGCACUUUAUCAAGCUACUGUAGAAACAACCAGAAGUUUGGCUGCGGCUUUAGAUAUCCUGAAUACUGCCACAAGAGAUAUUAGCAUGUUAAAUACAAGUCUUUGUGGUACCCCAAAGGAAGUAGAUGAGGAAAAAAAUGCCCCAGAAAGCUUAGAAGUUAGAAACUUAAAAGACCAGGACCAUCUUUAUGAGGAUGAGAUGAUAGGGGCAGUAGGUGGAAUUGACCAUAAUGGCACAAGCCAGAAUGCCCAGUCUGAACAAAAUGGUUCCAGUGAUUUAUUGUAUGACUUGAAUACAAGUUCUUAUGGCACUUCUGCUCUUUGUAAUGGCUUUCCUUUGGAAAAUAUGUGUCCACAGAUUAAAGACCAGGAUCAACAGAGUAACUUAACAAAUGGAGAAUGUGUGGCAUCAGAUGGUACUUCAGAACCUUCCAGUUCACUUUCAUUAGCAGCACAACUUAGGGAAGUAAUACCAUCCAGUGCUUUGCCUAAUGGCACAGUUCAGCAUAUCCUCAUGCCAGAUGGUGAAGAUGAAGGAGAACUGUGCUGGAGAAAAGUAGACUUAGGGGACUUGAGAAGUGUGGAUGUCUUAUCUUUCAAUCAUACUCCUUCAUUCAAAUUUCUUUCUAAUUCGUGUUGGUCUAAACCAAAGGAAGAUAAAGCAGUAGAUACAUCAGACUUGGAAGUGGCAGAAGAUCCCAUGGGCCUCCAAGGAAUAGAUCUGAUUACAGCAGCCUUACUGUUUUGUCUAGGAGAUUCUCCAGGAGGGAGGGGUAUAUCUGAUAGUCGUAUGGUUGAUGUGUAUCACAUUGACUUUGGGACACAGACUUUUUCACUUCCAUCUGCAAUAUUAGCUACAAAUACCAUGGUUGGAGAAAUAGCUUCUGCUUCAGCUUGUGAUCAUGCCAAUCCACAGCUUUCAAAUCCAAGUCCUUUUCAGACUCUUGGACUGGAUUUAGUAUUGGAAUGUGUUGCUAGAUACCAGCCUAAGCAGCGUUCAAUGUUUACCUUUGUGUGUGGACAGUUAUUUAGAAGAAAAGAAUUUUCUUCACAUUUUAAGAAUGUGCAUGGUGACAUUCAUGCUGGACUCAAUGGCUGGAUGGAACAGAGGUGUCCUCUAGCUUAUUAUGGUUGUACCUAUUCUCAGCGAAGAUUUUGUCCAUCGACACAAGGAGCAAAAAUUAUACAUGACCGCCAGUUGAGGUCAUUUGGAGUUCAGCCUUGUGUAUCUACAGUAUUAGUAGAGCCUGCUAGAAACUGUCUGUUGGGAUUACACAGUGACCAUCUGAGUAGUCUUCCUUUUGAGGUCCUACAACAUAUUGCAGGUUUUCUUGAUGGCUUCAGUUUAUGCCAGCUCUCAUGUGUGUCCAGAUUAAUGAGGGAUGUGUGUGGCAGUCUGCUUCAGUCUCGUGGAAUGGUCAUACUGCAGUGGGGGAAAAAGAAGUAUCCAGAAGGAAAUUCAUCGUGGCAGAUAAAGGAAAAGGUAUGGCGAUUCAGUACUGCAUUUUGUUCCGUUAAUGAAUGGAAAUUUGCUGACAUCUUAAGCAUGGCUGACCACUUGAAGAAAUGCAGUUACAAUAUUGUUGAGAAACGAGAGGAAGCCAUUCCAUUGCCAUGUAUGUGUGUGACUCGAGAACUCACUAAAGAAGGACGUUCACUACGCUCAGUUUUAAAACCUGUACUUUAAAAACUGUAACUUGUGCAUACAUGGCAAGCACCUGGUAUAAUUUCUUCAUAAUAUGUGACACUUUAUUAAUAUAUUAAAGAUUACAGCUAGCUAAA